AUGGCAGAUAGCCAGCUUAGUCGGGAGGGUUCCGAUACCUCUCUCAACGCGUCUGCCGAUCCCAUCAACGGCCCUGGUGUGACGUCGCCCCGAUCCAGCACCGAUACCCGCUCGUCAUGGAAUCAGAACCAGCUGCGCGUUUCACAUAUGCCUCCUGCCAACCAUCAACAUCGUCAGAGCUUAAGUGAGACUCUCCGUGGUCCGCCGGGCUCGCCACGGAAUCGACGCCAACCCUCCCUCACACAGUCUGCCAUCCAGAGCUUGAUUGAUAACCCCCCACCGCCGAAGAAUGUUGAUCCUGCAUUUAUUGGUCGGGACUGGCGAGAAAUCUCCAUUGGAGAGCUGGUCAGUCCGGAGGACCUGCAAUUCGUGGAAUUGGACACGGGAAUUGAAGAGGCGACGAAUAUCUUGAUUGAUACCGCUGCCCCUGUACUACUCAUUCGCGAGACUGCCCAGCACAAUUCUGCUGUAGCUACAUUCGAUUAUUCUGACCUGAAUACCUAUCUUUUGUUGGCGGCGGGUUUGACGACCCCGCAUGAAGGACAUCGCACAUCGUAUGAUGAGCUUGCCAAGAAAGCUCGAGAUGGAGAGAAGAUCCCUCUCAAAGAUGUCAAGGCUCUGGGCAUGGAGAAGGAACCGCUAGUUACACUACCGGCAUCCGCAAACGUUCUCACAGCGGUAGAGACGUUUGGCGGCGGUAUCCAUCGCGUCGUCGUAACCAAGGAGUCUAACGACCAAGAGGUGGUUGGCAUCUUUAGUCAGUUCCGACUGGUGAAGUUCCUGUGGGAAAAUGGUCGCAGCUUUCCUGCGAUUGAGGAGCUCUAUCCGCAGGCUCUAAACAACUUGCGGAUCGGAUCUCACAAUGUUAUCUCCAUCAACGGCGACAAACCUCUUAGUGAAGCUCUUCAAUUGAUGAACACUGAAGGAGUGUCCUCUCUCGUUGUGGUCGAUAACCAUUUGAAUGUGAUUGGUAAUAUCUCUACGACGGAUGUCAAGCUUCUCACACGGUCCUCGUCCUUGCCGCUCCUUCAAAAUACCUGCACGCACUUCAUUUCGGUUAUUCUGUCCACCCGCGGGUUGAUUGAAGGCAAAGACUCGUUCCCGGUGUUUCAUGUGAACCCUACGUCGACGCUCGCUCACACAGUUGCCAAGCUCGUGGCGACACGAUCGCAUCGACUCUGGGUGACCGACCCGUUGUCUCCAUCCUCCUCCGGUCCUCCAACUCCCUCCCACUCCAGUGUACACAUUCCCCUGGCAGCAUCGAUUUCCUCCGCGACAACAGGAUCGAACACUGCACUCUCUCCACCACCUUCACCACUUCCAACGCCCAUGACCCUCCCUUCACACUCUCCGGGCCCGGCGACGCCCCAUUUCCCAACUCCACAGCCCUACGGCAACACCGUCCCGUUCCCACCAGUUGCACCAAGCGGAGUCACUCCUCCGCUCGCUCCUUCAAUUCCAGCCUCAUCACUACCCGGUGCUCGCUUAUCCGGACGUCUGGUUGGUGUUGUUAGCUUGACUGAUAUCUUAAAUUUGCACGCCCGAGCAAGUGGCCUGAGCCCCGCCGAUCCGGCCGAAUCUCGACGCCGUCGUCGCAGCAGCUCUUCAAGCUUGAGCGUUCGCCGUAGUGGUGAAAUUGGCCGAGAGUUGUUUAGCCGGGGUGGUGUUUAG